AUAUUGAAAAAUCACCAAGGGGAACGGAACAAAAAACGACGAGGAAGCGCAGAGAUGAAGGCCGUAGGUGGCUAAACACGAGAAAAGACAACUCGAAACAAAUUAAAUAAACAUUGAAACGCUUAUGAUUCAACAAAAGAAUACAUUUCAGAAGAAUCUAGUUAAUCAUAGCUAGAUUACUCUGCUUGGAUAUUGUUGAUCUAGGCCAGCUACCAUGGCGACAGACAUCGGCUCCCCGCCGCGGUUCUUCCACAUGCCGAGGUUCCAGCACCAGGCCCCGCGGCAGGUGUUCUACAAACGGCCUGACUUUGCCCAGCAGCAGGCCAUGCAACAGCUGACCUUCGAUGGCAAGCGCAUGAGGAAGGCAGUCAACCGCAAGACCAUCGACUACAACCCCUCAGUCAUCAGAUAUCUGGAGAACCGGUUAUGGCAGCGGGACCACAGGGAUUUCCGUGCCAUCCAACCAGAUGCUGCAUGCUACAACGAUCUUGUUCCUCCAGUGGGCAUGCUGAACAAUUCCAUGAAUGCUGUCACCACCAAGUUUGUCCGAACUUCCACCAACAAAGUGAAGUGUCCUGUGUUUGUCAUAAGGUGGACUCCUGAGGGUAGGCGUCUGGUCACUGGGGCCUCCAGCGGGGAGUUCACCUUGUGGAACGGACUCACGUUCAACUUUGAGACCAUUCUACAGGCCCAUGACAGCCCUGUGAGGGCCAUGACCUGGUCUCACAACGACAUGUGGAUGCUGACUGCCGACCACGGAGGCUACGUGAAGUACUGGCAGUCCAACAUGAACAACGUCAAGAUGUUCCAGGCUCACAAGGAGGCGAUUAGAGAGGCCAGUUUCUCACCUACGGAUAAUAAAUUUGCCACUUGCUCUGACGACGGAACAGUCCGCAUCUGGGACUUCCUGCGCUGCCACGAGGAGAGAAUUCUAAGAGGUCAUGGUGCUGACGUGAAGUGUGUGGACUGGCACCCCACCAAAGGCUUGGUGGUCUCUGGUAGCAAAGACAGCCAGCAGCCAAUCAAAUUCUGGGAUCCAAAGACAGGCCAGAGUUUGGCUACACUUCAUGCCCACAAGAACACUGUGAUGGAAGUGAAGUGGAACCUCAAUGGUAACUGGCUCCUCACAGCUUCCCGUGACCACCUCUGUAAGCUCUUUGACAUCCGCAACCUGAAGGAGGAGCUACAGGUGUUCAGGGGACACAAGAAAGAGGCCACAGCCGUAGCUUGGCACCCCGUCCACGAGGGGCUGUUUGCCAGCGGAGGCUCGGACGGAUCACUCCUCUUCUGGAACGCAGGGGUGGAGAAGGAGGUGGGUGGGAUGGAGAUGGCCCACGAGGGCAUGAUCUGGAGUCUGGCAUGGCACCCUCUGGGACACAUCCUGUGCUCUGGGUCCAAUGACCACACCAGUAAAUUCUGGACAAGAAAUAGGCCAGGAGACAAAAUGAGGGACAGAUACAAUCUGAACUUGUUACCAGGAAUGUCAGAAGAUGGAGUGGAGUACGAUGACAUGGAGCCCAACAGCAUGGCUGCAAUCCCUGGCAUGGGAAUCCCCGAGCAGCUUAAAGCUGCUAUGGAGCAAGAGCAGAGUGAUGCUACGCCCGAGUUGGAGAUGUCCAUCCCGGGCCUGGACUGGGGGAUGGAGGAAGUCAUGCUGAAAGACAUGAAGAAGGUUCCACAGAAGAAAGUGCCCUACGCCAAACCCAUCCCUGCCCAGUUCCAACAGGCCUGGGCAGACAAUAAGGUGCCCGCGAUGCCCCCGGGCGGAGAGAUGCCCAAAGAAAGGAAGGUGGAGCCGAAAGGGGACGGGAAGAAAAAAUCCCAGGCUGACAUGGAGCAGGAGAUGGCCGCUCUGCAGUAUUCCAACCCCAUGCUUCUAGAGCAAAUGAAGAUGGAGCGAAUGAAUCAGCUUCAGGCUGAUGGCAGCCUGCCUCCACAGGGCCAGCAGGGACCAAUGCCCCCCUUCCCUGGCCAGGGAGGGCCCAUGCCCCCUCCUCCUCAGGGCUUCCCGCAGUCCAUGCCCCCUCAACAGAUGCAACACAAUAUGGGCCCCCCCAUGGGCCCAGGUGGAAUGCAGGCUCCAUUCAUGCCUCCUGGACAGAUGGGCCAGCACCACCAGGGGCCCCCGCAGGGCAUGAUGGGGCCACCAGACAUCCACGGGCCCCAGGGCAUGCAGAGGCACCCAGGUCCUCACAGAAACAUGGGCCCACAGGGGCCACACGGAAUGCCUCCUGGACCCAGAGGUCCGCCUGGUGGGAUGCAAGGGCCUCCCGGUGGGAUGAUGGGUCCCCCACCUCGAGGAAUGGGGCCCAGAGAUACUCAGGGGCCCCCUCCACAUGUUCCCCAAGGGAACAUGAUGGGUCCCCAGGGCCCCAUGCAGGGUGGGAUGAUGGGACCCCCUAUGCAGAACCCUACAAGGACACAUGGAAAUUAUGGGAUGGGCAAUAUGCAAGGACCUCCUCCUGGAGGGAUGCAUGGCCCACCUCCGGGUAACAUGCAGGGGCCCCCAGGUAACAUGCAGGGGCCCCCAGGCAAUAUGCAGGGGCCACCCGGAAACAUGGCGCCAUCGUACAUGCCACAUCAGCAGACGGGUCAGAACUCUGGACCAAUGAUGCAUGGGAUGGGACAGCAAGGACCCAAUGGCAAAGAUUCUCGAGGUCCUCCUAACCACCACAUGGGUCCUCUAGCUGACCGCCAGGGCCCGGGGGGACCCGGGGGCCCCGACCAGGGCUCGGCGCCUUACUGGGGGGGGGACUCCCAGCAGGGGCGUGGGCGUGGACACCCAGACUUUGAGGGGGGUCAAGAGUUCCAUGGCAGGGGAGAGGAGAGCUGGAGGCAAGGGCCUGGCCAGGGUUACCAAGGAGGGCAUCGGGGAGGAGGAGCAGGAGGUGGUGGAGGAGGCAGUGGAGGAGGAGGUGGAGGGGGGGGUAAUGGAGGGAACUGGGGCUCCGAGGAGAGGUUCCCCCGUGACGGAGGAGAGUUCCGCGGACGCAGAGAUGACAGGUACAGAGGGGGCGGGCCAGGGCGCUCGGGAGGCCGGGGGUUUUCUGACGAGUACGGUGGUGGACAGGAGGAGAACUUUGAGGGCCCAGACGAGAUGGGCCGAGGGUGGGACAACGGAGGAAGGGGGAGACCCCCCCGUGGAGGUGGACCACCAAGAGGAGGUGGUGGACGCAUGGGCUUGCUCCCCACCCCCGAUGAGUUCCCCCCACACUUUGAGGGAGGCAGAAGUCAGGAGUCCUGGGAGGGCGGGAGAGACCAAGGUCACGAACCGUACCGCGAGGGCCAGAGACCGGAGCACACGAUGCAUGACAGCCCGUCACCUGCCAGCCGCGAGCGCUCCUCCUCCCUGCAGGGUAUGGACAUGGCCUCUCUGCCCCCGCGGAAACGGCCCUGGCACGACGGCCCGGGCAACGGAGACCCCCGCGACAGAGAGUCCCCUGGGACAGGGGCCGAGGACAGGACCGGAGGCCGACCCCCACAGCGAGAGGAUGGCAGUUACGGACCCUCGUCCCGCGGAGGCCGGGGAGGCUGGGGCCCCGGAGCGGGUAGCGCGGGGCCAACCACCAGGAGAGGGACGGCCCGUGGUGCCCCCAGGGGAGUACGUGGUCGGUAGGGCUGGAGAAAGACUCCACUACCUACCCCCAACACCCGACCACCUCCUCAACCCUGCCCUAAUACUCUUGGCUCACCCCACCCUUACCC